CUGACAUAAGAGCUGGAAGUACAGGACCUGUUAGCAAAGCAAAUGAUAUCAGUUGGUUUGAGAGAGUGACCUGGUCACCCUGUCCGCCACCGUGGUCAAGGUGUUUUCACGCAAUCAUGGCUUUCACUUUGUACCCAAAGGAAAUGUCCCAGCUUCCCAAAUAUGAUCCUGCCUUCAUGGAAGUCAUCAACAAAAACAUGCAUGUCCCAGAGCGCCUGAGCAUUGGCCCAAGACAGCAGUGGCCAUCAGGGGAAGGAGAGGAGGCCAUGAGGCAGCCAGAGGAGACCCCACCUGCUUACACAAUGCAGGUCCCUGAUAGGUUGACGUUCACAGAAGCCCCUGAUAUGAGCCCCAGACCUCUGUUCGGUCCGUCCAGACCAAUAACCUGCAGCGCCCUGGGUCUAGAACCGUGCUGGGAAAGUCCAUCUGGAGAGGUCUUCUACAGAGAGGCACCACAGAGUCCCAUACGGAGAUCUUACAGUGACCAAAGCUUUGGCAGGACGCCACCUAGCACACCAACCCUGCUGAAACAGACACUGGCCCUGCCCAGACACCCAUCAAGCUCUCGAGGUUCAGGCCAUCCACUGCGCUGCACUGCUUCUCUUUCUGCCCAGACCACCAACCCUCAGACCCACGAAGAGUCUUCCCUUGCCUCCUCCCAUAGCUGCCUGUCUCCACAUUUCAUCCUGCAGGCAGCCAGACAGUUGGGCCUGCAGGCUUCACAUCUCCUCUUGCAGAUCAUCCACCAGAAAUACAGACUUAGCAACCAAGAGAAGCCUCCACCAGUGAGAGUCAAGCCUGAGGUCUCUGCUUCAGCACAUGUGGAAAACAACAAGAAAAGAACAGUGGAGAACUGGAGCCCAGAAGAGGAGGGAGGAGCUGCAGUUGAGUUCAUCAUCCUCAGGAGACAGGUGAUGAAAAUGAGUCGCCGGCUGGCAGCACUUGAGAGACACAACGCUGAACGAAGGAAAACUGAAGUCAUCCUGUUUUCCCUGCUGUUCUCCACCUGCCUGCUCAAUACCUGGCUGUGGAUCCGCAGAUAACACACACUCAAUAACAUAUGCUGAUGAGCCAAAACAUUAUGACCACCCCUCUCUGAUAUACUGUUGGUCCUUUGUGUGCUGCCCCAACAGUUCCUAUCUGCUGAGGCAUGGACUCUAUGAGGCCUCUAAGACUGUCCUGUGGUAUCUGGCACCAAGGCGGCGGAUCCUUUAAGUCCAGACCCGCUGUAGAUUAGACCUGCUCCAGCUCAUCCUCCAACACGCUGUCUCCAGUUUGUGGUUGGUCCAUCCACGGACCAUUGUUGGUAGGUAAAAACCUUUGCUGACCAGGAGCACCCAACAAGUGUUGCUGUUUAAGAGAUGCUCCGACGCAGUUGUGUGACUAUAACCAGUUGCCUUGUCAGAGUCACUCAGGUGCCCACAUCCAACGCAGUGACUAGAAGAACCGACUGUUCACUUACAUUCGUAUAUCUCAGACUUUGACGUAUAUCUAUGAAUGAUCAUAAUGUUUUGGCCCCUCUGUGUACACAUUGUACAUUUGUUUGACUAAACUUAUGAGGACCCACACUCUUUCCCUCAGUCCUUGCAUUUCUGGGUGUGUUUUUUUUUUUCAUGUCUGAGUUUUUUUCUUUUCCUGGUUUGCAUGGAUGUUAUCACUUCAUCCUUUCAGCAGCUCCAGUUAAAUGUCCGCAGCUGUUCAGAAAAUGCAAAUUUCCAGAAAAAUGAGUAUUCUAAAAUAUCAAAGUUAUCAAACCUAAUGAUUUCUUGGGGGUUGUUCAGAGAGAUUCUGGAAAAUGUAUCAAUUGCUGAAACUGUUAAAGGAAAACAUGUACAACAGAAUAUGAUACAUGACCGCAUUUGCUCACAAAAUCUGUUGGAAUGCUCAGUCAUCACAGAAUCAUGUAUUUGAAGUUGUAUCUUACUAUAAGCCAAGCUGUUCCCCUCUUAAAUUCAAGCCUAACCUCAAACUAUGCCUCAGUGUAAUCAGACCUAAACUCUAGUCUGAAACUAAGUAACCCCUGUUUUGGCCUAAAAGACCUCUGUUAGUUAAAAUAUCCACACUUCACAAACCAAAAAAGGGUUCUCCCAAGAACAGUCAAACAAGUGCUCUCUCUCUCUCUCUCUCUCUCUCUCUCUCUCUCUCUCUCUCACUCACACACACACACACACACUCACACACACAAACACACAUAUACACUUGAAGUACUUGGAACAGCUAGAACAAGGCAUGAUAUUGAGUACAGAUCUGUCAGUACAGCUACAGUGUUGUAUGAAGGUAAUGCUCCCACAACAGACACUAGUCUCAUAUCUCAGACUGUAAGAGCUAGUAAUAGCAGUAAUACAUUGGAAUUUUGUAGCUGUCUGAACUGUGUAUUGUCUGUGAGCCCAACUCAGAUUGGAGCAAAAUGUUGUAGUGUGUUGCUGGGCAUGGCUCCACUCAAUACAUGAACACAGUGCAAAAUAACUAAGGUGUAAUCAGAAGUGUAGUUUUUGUUUUGAUUCAUUUUUGCUGUGUUUUGGGUGAAGAAGUGAUAACAACACUUUAUGAGGUUGGUUCUGUUGUUGUCUACUGGACUGUUACUGAUGAAACUAGCAAGUACUAGUAAAUGAUAACAUACCUCAAGAAAAUAUUUGUAGACUUUAAUGUUUUUCUGUCUGCAGUGCACAUUUGAUUUGUUGAGAUGAAGUUCCUGUGCGAGUGUUGUGACCCAGGCAGUUAUGAUGCUGUUUGUUGGUCUUCAGACUUAAAUAUUACUCACUAUGCCUAUGUAUUUUUCUCAAAGCUAUGUCAUUAUUGCUGCAUGUUUAUGUAAUUAAAGUAGAUUCUAUAUUUAAAUUGA